CCUCAUCUUGUGCGAGAGACUGCGCUGGUUGCUCCGGUUUCCUCGAUCGACUUGGCCGUGCGGUCUCUCCCGCGCAAUUUGUUUCGCCAAGGUCUUUUUGAACAGACGUGCGGCGCACGGUCGAUCCUGAUUGCGGACCGCUGGUUGCGUGGGGAAGUAGAUGAGGUAGAGGAAUAUCUAAGGACCGGGCUGAUCAUGUUCCUUUUGUCGCCGCGCUACGUGAAUGACGUAGUCAAGACGCACAGCUCGUCCAGGAGAGGACGGGAAGUACACGCCGUGGAGCGGGAAUUGAACGAUUUAGGGAAAGCUUUGAUGGCUUUCUUGAAAGAGAAAGAUCGGUUGACCAUGCCGAUGUCCGACGUAUCCGCAGCACCCGGACAGACAACGCUUGAUUCGCUGCGAAAAAAGGAGUUGCAACUCGGGCGGCUGCUUGGGGAGGAUGUAGCAGCUCUGCAACUCGUUGGCGCGCUCAGUGAAAGAACCGUGGGUUGGUCCGCGUCAAACGGCGGACUGAACUGGAAACGCAGGACGCCUGCGUCAUCUGAAGGCACUUCGAGACAAGCUUUACCAUCCUCUUCAUCUGGGGCGCGUGUGAGGAUGUUGAGUGGGGAC